GUGGCUUUUAGAGUCGUGAGGGAUUCUUACCUUCGAGGUUAAGAUACUGGGGCAUUUAGGCAAAGUGUCAUUUCUUCCACAGACGCCUUCAAUAGGGUGCUUGCCUUGUAAAACAUGUCGGAGUCUGAUUCGUUGGAGGAUGUUUAUUCAACAGAGGGGAGUGAUCGUGAAAGGAAUGAAUGGUGUAAUGAUGUCCAUAAGUAUGUCACACUUGAGGAGAUUCGUCCAGAAAGCAAUGAGACGUCGCCAUGCAUUUUAAGGGUAUCAGAAAUUGAGAGUUCCUUGCUGAAGGAAUGUGAAGAUGCUUACCUGCCUCAAAUUGUUUCCAUCGGCCCUUAUCAUGCCAGAAAAGAGGAACCAGAUGAAGGUGAUAUGGAGAUUGAGGAAUACUGGGAAAUGGAUAUUAAAGAAGAAGCGGUAAGUAGAGUGGUUGUAAGAAUUCUUCUGAGCAAAGGUAGGUACUCUACGUCCGGCUUCAAUGAAGAGGGGAAACAACGCUUCAAAGAAGAGAUGAGAAACUUGUCCAAACAAAUGGUGACAAAAUUUACAGAGAGGGCAGACGAUAUAAAACGGUGCUACCAUAAAGCAACAUAUUACUCUAAUGAGUACCUGGGUGAAAUGAUGGUUCUGGAUGCUUGUUUCAUACUUGAGUUCUUCAGAUGUUUAUUUAAUGAAUCUGUGGGUGAGAUUGAGAAUCUGGAAAGAUUUUUCCCCAAAUUUGGAUCAAAAUUCAAUCCUGUUGAGAGGUCGAAAAUCUUGAAGGAUUUGAUAAAAUUAGAGAAUCAGAUCCCACUCUUUGUCUUGGAAGAAGUUCUUUCCAUGGAGAUGAGAGAUUCUCUUGAAGAUGCUAAGUCUAGACUUCAGGUAUUGCUCAAGGCUGUGUUCCAAAAAUUCUAUUAUCGGCCUUUUGAUUAUGUUGCCUCUGGCGAAUCGCUCAGGCGGAACCAUAUUUUGGACGUUUAUUACUACUAUUGUCUUGGAGAUGAAGGGCCGCAAGUGGAAAAUCAAAGUGCAGAAGAAGCUCAGGAGGAAAGGCAAAAGGCAGAAAACCUAUGGAUUUUCCUUGGAAGUUUUACAGAAGAUUUGAAGGAGCACCAGUUUGAGAGACUCAAGGUCCCAUCUGCAGUUCAAUUACAGAAUGGAGGAGUCAAAAUCCAAGCGAAUGGUAAAAGGAUUCAAGAUAUUUUCUUUGAGGGAAAAACGCUAAAUAUCCCUCCCAUACAAUUGGAAUCGGACUCUGAAAUAUUCAUCAGAAAUUUAAUUGCUCUGGAAAUGUGUUCCCCCUACGGCUCCUUGAAAAGAAUGACAGCAUUUGCUCAAUUCAUGAACGAGCUGUGCCAAACAGAGAAAGAAGCAUCUGUGAUGAGAGAGAAUGGCGUCAUUGUUGGUAACCUUUGGCAACACUCUGAAGUCACCCGACUCUUCAGUUCCUGUAAGCAAUCACAUUCACUGCCAACCUGUUAUCCCAUCGAAGUAACAAGAGAAAAAUUGUUGAAAUACUACAGUAGAAAAAGUAGGAUCGCCGUAAUAGAAGCUUGGAAUGAAUUCCGGAAAACAUACUUCCCAAAACCAUGGCUGGUGAUUGGAGGCAUUGGGGCAACCAUUAUCCUCAUGCUUACUGCAGUGCAAGUCUUUUGCUUAUUUUAUUCGUGUGGAGCACAUUGAAUCAUUGGAUGAUCAAGAGAGAGCGGCUGUUGUACAUAUUUUACUUUAUGUGUAUUAGACGUAGUUUUCUUUGAUGUGAUCCAGUAUAAACUAUAGGGUUGUAGCGGAGCUUCUCUUAAGGUAAUAAACCAUUAGAACGAACUUCUUAUGUUCAUCAGCUCCAUAUUUCUUACUUUACAGUCGGCUGUAUAACUUUAUAAAGCUGUAAUCUCAUAUUUAAGAAUAAUUUCUUAUACA